CUGUAAUUAAUUUAGAUGUUUAAACGAUUUCCGUAUAAUUGCUAUUUGUUAUUUAUUUUUCCACAGCCAUGGAGGCGAAAAUUUGUCGCAGUUCAUCAGAACGCGUGUACAUCAGGAAUAUCUCUUCUCUUUGAGUUGUACCAGGAUGAAUUCACGUACAAGCAGGUGGCAUGCGUCCUACUCAACGACAUCACGUCUGUUAAAAGAUGUACAUCAAAAACUAACCGACAUGCUUUUGCAGUUCUCUCACCGAGACGACAACUCUAUCUGGCCGCAGAUAGUGAGACCGACGCCAUAGAAUGGGUUGCUAUGCUUAGGAAAUUUAUGGUUAAGAAGCCAGUUAAAAGAGAGCCGCCACCAGCUGAAUCUGAGGAUGAUGAUGUUUUCAACAUUUCCAUUAUACCGAAUGAUCAUUCCGAAAGACUGGAAUUAUAUGAAAACUAUCGACUGACUACCGACAGCCCUCAUUUGUGUCUUUACAAUUCAAGAUCAGCGGUCGUCCUCCAACUAAAACUAGCAAACCUUAAGCGUUUCAUGCUGACGAAGAAAUGUCACGAAAAGGAUACCGACAAGAUAUUACACAUAUCAACCAAUGCGAGGUGCAAGUACGGUGAAUGUGAACUUAUUCUUUAUACUAAUCGGGGAAAACAGUUAAUCGCAAAAAUUCUUGAGCAGGUCACAAUGAACAGACAUACUAGGGUUUCGAGACGAAGAUCAAUAACUUCGUCCAUGAUCUUUGACAUUACACCUGAGGACCUAGCCAGGCUUGGGACGAUUUCUGAGUCGAGUUCCUCCCAGUCGGAUGAGGACGCCAUUAAGAGUGAAAAAGAUACUGCGUCUGAACAAAGUGGAGGAAGUGAUACGCUAGUUAGAGAUGUACGACCAAAGGAUACUAACGGAGUAAAGGCAUACCAUCAGGAAAGUCCUACUUUACAGAAGUGCACAACUAAACAACCUAGAACUCCAACUGUUGGUAAACCAGUGCUAAAGAAACGUCGGGCACCACCGCCUCCGGCAUCAACAUCUCCAACUUCAUCAGACAGGAGGCAACUUGAGUAUUCGCCAUCAAUUGCGUCUUCAACUAGCACUGUUAGCACAGUGACGUCAGUACCAGAAGACGAUAGGUUCUCGGAAAGUUCUAAAACUGGAACAAUAAAAGCAUCACCAGGCAACGGUUCAGGUUCAUCAACAUCGCCAAAAGAAGAACGUGCUUUCAAGGGAGCGGUACUAAUCACCCCUAAACCCUCACCACCUCGACCAAAAUAUCCUCCAAAACUGUCACCAAUGCUUCAGGCUAAAUAUAAGACUGGUUCUGUGGAGACAAUAUAUUCUAACAAGGAGAACCGUUUCAACUCCCCACCAGGAUCACCUAUAUCGAUUGCAUCAACUACCUGUUCGUUUAGUAGCGAAGAAAGCUCUCCGCCUAUACCUCCAAGGCGGCGGCGAAGGCAGAAGAACGCAACGCUUGAAAGGUGCACGAACAUACACACUGAGACGACAAAGCAACCGUCUCCUAAGCUUACAUUGAAGCAGAUUGCUAACGGAGAAGUACCUAAUGAUCUACAGACAAAAGCCUCCACACUGCAGAGACCUCUUGCGAAUAACUCAACCCUUGCUCAACUUCCAAAUGGCGGUAUUGCCAAUUACAAUAACAAUUCGUCAACAUCUUCGGAGGACUCGGAUUCUGACGGAUUCUAUUCGGAUAAUUCCGAUGACGUAACCGCAGGAAAUUGGUAUUACGAUAUUCGUCCGUAUAUUAAUACCGCUGAAGUAAAUGUGGAAACUAAAGAUGGACUAGAAAAUUUGUCAUUAGCCGCAGAAGUAAAUCAACAAACGAAUAAAACGUAAAAUUUGAGGAAGUUAUUAAAAGCGAGAACCGAUGAACAUGUGGAAUUUCGUUAAAAUAUCCAUGGCUAAGGAAUAAGAUAAUGUGAACAAGGCAAC